AUGGCUGAUGUGGAGGCCAUGUUCCACCAGAUCAGAGUCAGCAAUGAAGACACGGAUCUCUUCAGGUUCCUCUGGUGGCCCGAUGGGAACUACGAGCAAGAGCUGGUUGAACACAAGAUGUUGGUCCACAUCUUCGGUGCAACAUCGUCGCCAAGUGUUGCUAACUUCGCACUGCAGAAAUGUGCUACAGAUUUUGAGGAUGACUUCGGUCACGAAACUGCCAAAACAGUCAAGAGAAAUUUCUACGUAGACGACUGUCUUAAGUCAACAACUGAUGAAGAUACGGCAAUUAAGCUUUGUGCCGACCUGAGGAGCAUGCUGGCAAGAGGUGGAUUUCGACUGACGAAAUGGUCGAGCAACAGCCUGAUACUGCCCGCCAAGAAGAUCCUUCAGGAAUUAUGCAGGCAGAAGUUUGGCUGGGAUGAAGAUCUGCCAGACGAAGUCAUCAAGAGCCAUCUGUUGUUUUCUCAUUUAGGAUCUGCUGCUGUCGAUUGCCAACAUAAAAUGAAGUAUAAUUUGAAGAAGAAGUUCAGGUGUGUGUUUGAGGGAAUCGCUAAAGCAGGAAAGCGAACAGAUCUGAACGACUUCUACACAGAGAUCUUCAUCACAGAGGGAGGCAGUGGAGAGGUCAACAAGGAACAUGAGGUCAGACUGAUUGAAACAGCUUCCAGGAAACCAGCCAAGGAAGAAACACCAAUCAGAUGUGAGGACAUCUUUAAACCCUUACCUGGACACGAUCAACCAAUCAGGACGAUAAUGACAACUGGAGUGGCCGGCAUUGGUAAAACUGUCUUAACACACAAGUUCACUCUGGACUGGGCUGAGGGCAAAACCAACCAGGACAUACAGUUCACAUUUCUCCUCACUUUCAGAGAGAUGAAUUUACUGAAAGGGAAAGAGUUUAGCUUGGUGGAACUUCUCCAUCACCUCUUUAUUGAGACCAAAGAAGCAGGAAUCUGCAGAUUCGAGCGGUUCCAAGUUGUCUUCAUCUUGGAUGGUCUGGAUGAGUGUCGACUUCCUCUGGACUUCCAGAGAAACCCGAUCUGGACUGAUGUCACAAAGUCCACCUCGGUGGACGUGCUGCUGACAAACCUCAUCAAGGGCGACCUGCUUCCCUCCGCUCGCAUUUGGAUAACCACACGCCCUGCGGCAGCCAAUCAGAUCCCUGCUGAGUGUGUUGACAUGGUGACAGAGGUGAGGGGGUUCACCGACAAGCAGAAGGAGGAGUACUUCAGGAAGAGAUUCAGAGAGGAGACGAUGGCCAGCACAAUCAUCACCCACGUCAAGAAAUCCCAAAGCCUCCACAUCAUGUGUCACAUCCCAGUCUUCUGUUGGAUCACUGCUUCAGUUCUGGAGGACAUCUUCAAAAAAUCCCAGAUCGAACAGAUGCCCAAAACCGUGACUCAGAUGUACAGCCACUUCCUGAGGGUUCAGUCCAUACAGGGAGACAGGAAGUACCAUGGAAGGGCUGAAACCGAACAAGACUGGAGUUCAGAGAGCAGGGAGAUCAUUGUUUCUCUUGGAAAACUUGCUUUUAACCAGCUGGAGUGUGGCAACCUGAUCUUCUACGAGGCAGAUAUGGCAGAGUCUGACAUCGAUAUCAGAGCAGCCUCUGUGUACUCAGGAGUGUUCACCCAGAUCUUUAAAGAGGAGUGUGGGCUGUACCAGGACAAGGUGUUCUGCUUUGUCCAUCUGAGCAUCCAGGAAUUCCUGGCUGCCCUUUAUGUCUUUUUGUCCUUCAUCGAUACUGGUGUUAAUCUCCUCUCAACCUCCAGCAAAGAUAAACUCCUCCUCUACCAGAGUGCUGUGGACAAGGCCUUACAGAGUGAGAACGGACACCUGGACUUGUUCCUCCGCUUCCUCCUGGGCCUCUCUUUGGAGACCAAUCAGAUUGUCCUACGAGGUCUGCUGGGACAGAAAAAAAGAUCACUGCCCACUCAGAUUAAAACAGGUCUGCUGCGACUGAAAGGAAGUAGCUCAGAGACCAAUAAGGGAACAGUGUCUUAUAUCAAGAAGAAGAUAAAAGGAGACCUAUCUCCAGAGAGAAGCAUCAAUCUGUUCCACUGUCUGAAUGAGCUGAACGACCGUUCUCUAGUGAAGGAGAUCCAACAGUACCUGACAUCAGUAAGUGUCCCCCAAAAAACUCUCUCUCUUGCUCAACUGUCAGCUCUGGCCUUCAUCCUACUGACAUCAGAAGAGGGGCUGGACGUGUUUGACCUGAAGAAAUACUCUGCUUCAGAAGAUGGUCUUCUGAGGCUGCUGCCAGUGGUCAAAGCCUCCAAAAAAUCUCUGCUGAAUGGCUGCCAUAUGUCAGAGAGAUGCUGUGAAGCUCUGGCCUCAGUUCUUAGCUCCAACUCCUCUAGUCUGAGAGAGCUGGACCUGAGUACCAAUGAUCUGCAGGAUUCAGGAGUGAAGCUGCUCUGUGCUGGACUGGGGAGUCCACAUUGUACACUGGAAACUCUCAGCUUGUCUGGCUGCCUGGUCACACAGGAAGGCUGUGCUUAUCUGGCCUCAGCUCUGAGCUCCAACCCCUCCCAUCUGAGAGAGCUGGACCUGAGCUACAAUCACCCAGGAGACUCUGGAGCUGCGCUGCUCUCUGCUGGACUGGAGGAUCCACGCUGGAGACUGGACACUCUCAGUGUGGAGCACGGUGGAGAGUGGAGGCUGAAACCAGCUCUAAAGAAGUAUGCCUGUGACCUCACACUGGACCCCAACACGGCCUUCAGACGACUCUCUCUGUCUGAGGACAACAGGAAGGUGACGAUGGUUGGAGAGGACCAGUCGUAUCCGGAUCACCCAGACAGAUUUGACUCCUGGCCCCAGGUGUUGGGUAGAGAGGCUCUGACUGGCCGCUGUUACUGGGAGGUAGAGUGGGAAGGACCUGUUGAGAUAGGAGUGACAUACAGAGGAAUCACAAGGAGAGGACGGGGUGAUGACAGCGUGCUUGAUGUGAACAACAAGUCCUGGGGUCUUUAUUGUUCUGAUGAUGGUUACUUUGCCCGGUACAACGGUAUACAGACAGUCCUCCCUCUCCGCCCCGCUGGCUCCACCAGAGUAGGAGUGUAUCUGGACCGGCCUGCUGGCUCUCUGUCCUUCUACAGAGUGUCCCCAGGUGGAGGAGGGUACUCAGACACACUGACACACCUCCACACCUUCUGGUCCUCCUUCACCCAGGAGGACCUCCUCCCGGGGGUGAGGGUAGUGGGGUGGGGGUCAGCGUCUCUGUGUCGGUUGUAGAAAACAAAACGGGCGCGGGUGUCGGAGGCCUCUGUGAUCCCUCAGUUGUAGAAAAAUGGGGGGGGGGGGGAAUCAGUAAAAAAAAAAAGUGCCGCCCCUCCGCGAAACACACACACACACACACAGGCACACACACACUGUGGCAUCCCGCCACGUGGUCCUCGGCCUGGACGGGCCCGGGGUACCGUGGAGGACGGGGUGUACCACCCCCACCCACCAGCCGGCGAGGGAGAGCAGCCCUUUCGGCACCCCAAUCAGGGUGAUUGGGGGACACCUGGCCGCAAGCACGGGAGCCAUUUUAAAAGGAGGCACAGCACAGCACGGCUCGGGUGCAGGAAGGAAGGGCUCGUGGCAGCGAGAGAGCCUAGAGGCCCACAGAGGCCCUAGAGACCGCGUCUUCUUCAUUGUGUGUCUGAUUUAAGUUGAUUGUUAAUAAAUGCCUGCCAUGGCUAA